AUGGCUGUACGACAACCCGGAGGGGUUGUUUUCCUGGCGAUAGCCGCUCUUCUCAUGCUGCCUCCGCCGCCGGUCCUUGCCGCUCCAGCUUCGGACCCUGAGCAGGAGCUUCGUGUCCUCCACAGUCUCGUUGGAAAGCUGGAAAAACAAAUGGCCGACGUGGGGCGCGCAGCGAAAUCCUUGGACAAGGUACUGACUAACAUGGAAGCGCAGUUCAGUGUGCUACACCAAAACGUGACAACCCUGGAGCGACACCGCGAUGACCUGAUGGACACCUGUGCGCCCCCUGCCGACACCGCGGGAACUGCAACAACCUCAGGACCAGUCACGACAGCGCAAAGAGAAGGGCCGCGGGUCAGAGACUGUGAAGAGCUGCUGCCUUAUGGCAUAAGAGACAGUGGCGUGUACACCAUCUAUGUUGACAACCAGCCAGUCAGGGUCUUCUGUCGCUUCGUGGACGGUUCGGAGGCCUGGACGGUCAUCCAGCGGCGCCAGGACGGCUCCGUCAACUUCAACCGGUCCUGGGCCGACUACAAGGAAGGGUUCGGGGACCCUGGGACCGAGUACUGGCUUGGGAACGAGAUCAUCCACCAGCUCACGACUGGCCGCGGCUCCAGCGCCAUGUACAAGCUGUACAUCUACAUGGAGGAUUGGGAGGGGGGCUACAUCCACAUCCAGUUCGACGAGUUCUACUUGGAGAGCGAGGCGACCAACUACAAGCUGCGGCUGAACCUCCUGCGGGGCGGGAACACUCGGAACGCGAUGUACUCAAACACGGGGCAGCCCUUCACCACUUACGACCGUGAUAAUGACGCGUACGGAGCGAACUGCGGCAAGAGGUUCGGCGGAGGGUGGUGGUACUACGGCCACGCCUGUGUGUACGCCAACCUGAACGGGCUGUACAGGAAGGGCGGAGAAACCAGUGACGGGUUCGGCCUGGUGUGGCUGUACUGGCGCUCACCGGUCUGGUAUUCCGCUAAAGUCACCGAGAUGAGAAUCAUGAUCCGGGACGCCAGCAUCCCUGUGCGUCAGCCUUAG